CAGUCAGUGCAUCCCCACAGAGAGCGGACAGCAAGCCGCCCACCCGCUCGCUCGUCCGCCAGCAGGCAGGCAGGCAGAAGUGAUGCUGGAGCGCUCGCAGAGGCUAAAGCAGAACGUAGCUUGAAGAGGCAGCGGAGGAAUAAAUAUAUAUAAUAUAUAUAUAUAUAUCUCAAUAUUAAAGACGCCCUCUCGUUCAGCAGCAACCCCGAGGCGAGUGUGGAUGCGACAGAGAGCAGCGGCGGUGAACUCAAGGCAACCGGGCAAUGGACCAACACGGAGCGGCGUGCGGGGAGCGCGGCUGGGCUGUCUUCUUUCAAACUGCCCUCCUGCUUCUGGGAUCCAACCCGGGACUUCAGCACUUCGCCUACGGAAUGGAUCUACCAGGAGGAACACGAUUGCAGCAGGCCACCCCAGCAUGGAACAAUUCCAGCGAUUCAGAUUAUUUCCUGAUCCUUGAUGAGCCAAUGAAUAAUAUCACAACCUCGCUUGGUCAGACGGCAGAGCUGUACUGUAAAGUGUCCGGCAAUCCGGCACCCUCCAUCCGAUGGUUGAAGAACGACGCUCCUGUUGUCCAGGAACCGCGGAGGAUAUCCUACCGACUGACGAACUAUGGCUCCCGGCUCCGAAUACGAAACCUCGACACCACCGACACGGGAUAUUUCCAGUGUGUGGCCACAAAUGGGCAAAAGUCCGUGUCAACCACCGGUGUGCUUUUUGUCAAAUUCGGGCCUCCACCGACUCCAAAUUCAGGCAAGGCAACACAAGUUACGUUUGAUGAAGAUGGCUUUUGUCAGCCCUAUAGGGGCAUCGCCUGUGCAAGGUUCAUUGCAAACAGCAGCAUUUAUGUGGACUCUCUACAAAUGCAAGGAGAAAUUGAGAACCAAAUCACAGCUGCUUUCACGAUGAUAGGGACCUCGAAUCAUCUGACAGACCGUUGUUCGCAGUUUGCCAUUCCCUCGCUGUGUCAUUUUGCAUUCCCGUACUGCGAUGAUACAUCGUCGAUGCCUAAACCUCGUGACCUUUGCAGAGAUGAGUGCGAGAUCCUGGAAAAUGACCUGUGCAAGACCGAAUAUAUCUUUGCCAGAUCCAAUCCUUUGAUCCUAAUGAGACUGAAGCUACCAAACUGUGAAGAUCUCCCCAUGCCAGACAGCCCAGAGGCUGCAAACUGCAUGCGCAUUGGAAUUCCAAUGGCAGAACCUAUCAAUAAAAAUCACAAAUGUUUCAAUAUCAGUGGUAAUGAUUACCGUGGCACAGUGAGCUCAACCAAAUCAGGGCAGCAGUGUCAGCCAUGGAACUCCCAAUAUCCACACAGUCAUUCUUACACUGCCGUUAAAUAUCCCGAGCUCAGUGGUGGCCAUUCCUAUUGCCGGAACCCAGGAAAUCACAAGGAUGCUCCUUGGUGCUUCACUCUGGAUGAGUCCGUGAAAUUGGAGUUGUGUGAGAUUCCUCUGUGUGAUGCCAAAGAAAGCACCAAGAUGGAGAUUCUUUAUAUCCUGGUCCCCAGUGUGGCAAUUCCUCUGGCAAUUGCUCUUUUGUUCUUCUUUAUCUGUAUUUGUCGUAACAAUCAAAAGUCGUCCACUCCUGUCAUCCAACGGCAGCCAAAACCCGUACGAGGCCAAAAUGUUGAAAUGUCCAUGCUCAAUGCGUACAAACCAAAGCAGAGCAAAGCAAAGGAGUUGCCUCUUUCUGCCGUUCGUUUUAUGGAAGAGUUAGGAGAAUGUGCUUUUGGAAAAAUCUACAAAGGUCAUCUUUACCUCCCAGGAAUGGAUCAUGCGCAACUUGUUGCGAUAAAGACCCUCAAGGACUUUGGUAAUUCUCAGCUUUGGGCAGAGUUCCAGCAGGAGGCAUCCCUGAUGUCAGAACUGCAUCAUCCCAAUGUCGUCUGCCUACUUGGGCUGGUGACACAGGAGCAACCAGUCUGCAUGCUAUUUGAAUACAUGAACCAUGGUGACCUUCAUGAAUUUCUCAUCAUGAGAUCGCCCCAUUCUGAUGUUGGCUGCAGCAGCGAUGAAGAUGGAACUGUCAAAUCAAGCCUGGACCAUGCAGAUUUUUUGCACAUCUCCAUCCAGGUAGCAACCGGGAUGGAAUACCUGUCCAGUCAUUUUUUUGUUCACAAGGACCUUGCUGCACGCAACAUCAUUAUUGGUGAGCAACUGAGAGUGAAGAUAUCUGAUCUUGGUCUUUCAAGAGAGAUAUAUGCCACUGAUUAUUUCAGGGUACAAAAUAAGUCCCUCCUUCCAAUUCGCUGGAUGCCUCCUGAAGCUAUAUUGUUUGGGAAGUUCUCUAGCGACUCAGAUAUUUGGUCUUUCGGUGUGGUGCUAUGGGAGAUCUUUAGUUUUGGGCUGCAGCCAUAUUAUGGAUUUUCUAAUCAAGAGGUGAUAGAAAUGGUAAGGAAGAGGCAAUUACUCCCAUGCCCAGAGGAUUGCCCUCCUAGAAUGUAUGACCUAAUGACAGAAACCUGGAAUGAGAUCGCAGCUAGAAGACCACGAUUUAAGGAUGUUCAUGCCAGACUUAGAUCCUGGGAAGGACUAUCAAGCCAUACCAGUUCCACAACGCCAUCCGGUGGGAAUGCCACAACCCAGACGACAUCUCUCAGUGCAAGCCCAGUUAGUAAUCUCAGUAACACAAGGUAUCCAAUUCAUAUAUAUCAAGCACAGGGCAUACCCCAGGGGCAGAUGGGUGGCCUCAUUGGUCCACAAAUAGCCCAACAUCAAAGAUUCAUUCAAGUUAACAGUUAUCCUAUGCCUGCAGGAUAUGCUGCAUAUCCAGCUACUCAUUACCAGCAAGGACCGCCACGAAUCAUUCCGCAUGGUCCACCACCGAAGAGCCGAUCACCCAGCAGCGGGAGUGGAUCGACGAGCACUGGUCAUGUGACAAGCUUGCCUUCUUCAGGAUCAAAUCAUGACGCAAACACUCCAUUGCUAUCUCAUCAUCUAUCCAUGGCAAGCCAUCCUGGUGGACAUAGUGUGCCGAUCUUUACACACAUAUCCCACAAAACAAUGCAAAUGGACCCAAUACAGGCAACACUACUGGGGGACAGUGAUGGACAGUUGAUAAAUGAAUCCAUUAUUAGAGCUGAAUUGUAAAAUAUAUACAUACAUAUACAGGAAAGAACUGCAGAUGCUGGUUUAAAUCAAAGGUAGACACACAAUGUUGGAGUAACUCAGCGGGACAGGCAGCAUCUC